AUGCCAGAGAACACUGACAUAUAUGGGACUGGUAGUGUCUGGUAUGAGCCAGCACAUGGACGUCGCCUAUGGCCGACCAACCUGAACAUCACCUUGGGGGGGUCCAGCAGACGUGCUCACCGCCAAACUUCAUGUCAAGAGCUCUGUACCAGUGCAGAGUCCACCACUAAGCUAUUCAGUUCUGUGAGUGUUCCACAGUUAUCUUCAUCUGCUCCGUCCAAGUCUCUGCCCAGCAAUUCCCCAGACUCACAAAAAUUAUCCAAGCGAGGGAAACAACUGGCGAAACUCAAACGGAAGUUGAAGAACAGGAAGGACAAAAAGACCGCUGCUGAGUUUAGCACUUCCAAUAAUAUAGUCAACGAUAAAGUAGUUGAGGGGAGUAAACUAGGGAAGAAUAAACGCAAAGCUCAACAAAGUGCCUCCUGCAUUGACGUAGUGAAAAGUGAGCCCAGUGGUUGCACGAAAGUCAAACGCAGCAAAGGGUCUGUGUCGUCGGACAAGACUAGUAUUAGGUCAGACAGCACAACCUCUGCCAGCUGCACGCCUACGGAGGAAAUUCCGUUAGACGGUUUUCCAUCGUUGUAUUCUGCCAGUUGUAAUCUAAGGUCAAAUUCAAAUGCUCACAUCGUAGCUGGCUUGCCAUACUACAAAGACAAGUCCUCAGUGAAGGGCAAGGCCAGCCAGCACAAUCUCAAGCGAGUUCACAACUCCGUACAGGAGCAGGGGAAUAAAGACAUAAACAUUGUAGGAAAACCAGAGGUGAAUCACCAGCCAGAAAUCCAAGUACAGGGAAAAGAAACGGAUACCACGUCCAAUAACCUUAACCCCACUGUCCCUGUCAAGAAACUGAAACUCAACCUCGGAAAGGCAUCGCGUACCAAGAAAUCUGUCAGUAAGGGAAGCUUGAAAGCGAAGCCGCCAAAGACUUCUGAUCCGUCGGAGCUAAAGGGCUUGCGGCGGAGCACCCGCACCAGGACGGGAUCCUGUGCCAGUAGUAGUAGUGGCCGGCGUUCCACGGCUGUGCCCAAACGCCAGGUGCCGGGUGCACAGCCUAAUAACACUAGUGGUGGAGGGACGUCAAAGUUGCACCCUAACACCGUGAUGUCAGGGGAAGAGAGCGGAGCUGGGAACACACGAAGGAGUGCUCCCGGAGAGGAAAAUAAUGGCGUCGCUCAGGGUGCCACCUCAAGUUCAGCAGGGGCUACUGCUAUGGCCACAUCAGAGAGCGAAUCUGAGGACUCAGAUAUGGGGCGACUUCAAGCUCUGUUGGAAGCAAGAGGUCUUCCGUCACAUUUAUUUGGGGCACUUGGUCCAAGGAUGCACCAGAUUUUACACAGAUCUAUGAGUGGUGGGACGAUGGGUAAAGUGCAGCAGCUGUUACAAGGGUUACAGGCAACAGGAGAUGAGGGACAGCAGCUGACUGCAGUCAUUGAGAUGUGUCAGCUGUUGGUGAUGGGAAAUGAAGACACGUUGGCUGGUUUCCCCAUGAAGCUUGUUGUGCCAGCCCUGAUCACCCUGCUACAGAUGGAACAUAACUUUGACAUGAUGAACCAUGCCUGCCGAGCUCUCACUUAUAUGAUGGAGGCUCUACCACGAUCCUCAGCUGUCGUCGUGGAUGCCAUUCCUGUUUUCUUAGAAAAGCUUCAGGUGAUACAGUGUAUGGAUGUGGCAGAACAGGCUCUGACAGCUCUGGAGAUGUUGUCAAGGCGGCACAGCAAAGCUAUUCUACAGGCUGGAGGGAUAGCUGCCUGUCUCAUGUACCUGGACUUUUUCUCCAUCUCGGCUCAGCGUUGUGCCCUGGCCAUCACAGCAAACUGUGCCCAGAGCAUGAAUGGGGAGGACUUCCACUACAUCAGGGAUUCCCUACCCCUGCUCAGUGGACGCCUCAAUCAUUCGGAUAAAAAGUCAGUGGAGAGCUGUUGCCUUUGUUUCUCUCGACUGGUGGACAAUUUCCAACAUGACCAGCGACUUCUGAAAGAAAUAGCUGUUCAUGGGCUGCUGACAAAUAUACAGCAACUGCUGAUUAUAAGUCCCCCUCUAAUAAGCACAGGGACUUUUGUCAUGGUGAUUCGUAUGUUGGCCACAAUGUGUGCCAGUUGUCCCGACUUGGCUGUGCUCUUGUUGAAACAGAAAAUUGAAGAAACCUUGUGUUAUUUGUUAGUGGGAACUUCAGACUGUGCUAGGAAAAAUGUGGAGCUUGUUUCAAGAACCCCACAAGAAAUGUAUGAAAUAGUGUGUUUGAUAGGAGAGUUAAUGCCCAAGUUGCCGUCAGACGGAAUCUUUGCUGUGGAUGCCAUGCUCAGGAAGGGUAACUCUGUGAAUACAGACGCUGUUGUUUGGCAGUGGAGAGAUGACAGGGGGAUGUGGCACCCUUACACCCCUAUAGACAGCAGGAUUAUUGAGGCUGCAUAUCAGGCUGGUGAAGACGAGGUUAGCUUGUCCACGAUUGGUCGAGUGUAUACAAUAGAUUUUAAUGCCAUGCAGCAGAUCAAUGAGGACUCUGGUACUGCCAGACAGUGUCAGAGGAAACUCAAUCCAUUAGCAGCCAGUGCUAGCCAAACUCAAGCCUCUACCCCAGCUGACCCAAACGUUGAGAGGUGUGACUCAAGGGCUGAGAUCUUGAAAGAAGACAUGGCCCUUGCUUCUGCAUUUAUACAGACAUUGUUUGCUGUGCUUUAUGAAGUCUAUAGUUCUUCUGCUGGUCCAACAGUGAGACACAAGUGUUUACAGACUCUACUGAGGAUGAUCUAUUAUGCGACUGCAGAUUUAUUAAGAGUUGUUUUACAACAACAACCCGUGUCAAGUCACAUUGCCGCCAUGAUGGCGUCUCAUGACUUGAAGGUGGUUGUAGGAGCAAUGCAAAUGGCUGACAUUCUUAUGCAAAAGCUGCCAGACGUGUUCAGUAUUUAUUUCAGGAGGGAAGGUGUAAUGCAUCAGGUGAAGCGACUGUCUGAGACAGACCCACACAGCCAGACACCAGCGAAGGCUGGCAGCCACAGCUCUGGCUCCUCCAGCAGCCUGAGUAGUGAGAGCUCGGGGACUAGCUCUUCCCUCAGUGACCACAACCUAGAGAAACAUGAAGCGUCGGCCAGCUCUGGGGGUGUGGCAGGAGCAUCAUCAACCAGCAUCCCUGAGGAACAGGGACCCAGCACUGCAGCCAUCAGUCGUCGAUUGAGUGAUGUGUUAAAGAGGAAGAAGCCUCCUAAGCGUGGACCAACGAGAAAAGGAUCCAAGGGGGAAGACUCUGGUGUGGACACCAGUGGGAAAGGAGGCCUGGGUUUUGCUGGUCGUGCCAUAGCGAGAGGGAAAUCUCCUGGUAAAGAUAUGAAAUCCAGUGGUGCUACAUCCAAGUCUUUCUUACCUAGUCUGAAUCCCCGAAGCUGGGGCAGACUGGGGGGAUCCCCAAUGGAGAGAACGUCAUCAAAGGAAACUCCACUGCCAAAAACAAAUAGUAAUACUGCACUAGUGAAUAACAAAGAAAAAAUAAAAACCUGGAUAAAGGAACAAGCAAUACGGUUCCUUGAGCAAUAUUUUAGUAGUGAGACCCACGGUAGCAGUCACCCGGCUCUGAAUGUGCUGAACAGGCUGUGUGCUGCCACAGAGAAGAUAAACUUGGAUGAAGAGGAUAGUAUAGUGAUGCUGGAGGAGAUUGCUGCUAUCAUGAGAGACAGCGAUGUGUCGCCGUUUGAAAUCAUCCACAGUGGCCUUGUGAACAAAUUGCUCCAUUACCUGACCACACCCAACACCACCAAAGCCAACCGAGAUCUCUGUAUUCGUCGGUUUUUACACGUCUUCCUGAACUGUCCCACUCCGGAAGUUAGUCAUCUUCAGGAGCGAGACAAGUCCGCUGCACCUGCUCUUGCACCUCUCGUUAGCAAACUGGUGGGUUGUUUACACCAGCUUGAACAGUUCCAAGUGAAGGUGCAUGAUUUACCAGGCGGGGGAACAUCUGGUGGCCGGGGCUCAAAUGCUCUCAAAUUUUUCAACACACACCAGUUAAAGUGUAGCUUACAGCGUCAUCCCCCGUGUACCAGCCUGCGUCAGUGGAGGGGAGGUCCUGUUAAGAUUGACCCCUUGGCCCUGGUGCAGGCCAUAGAGAGGUAUCUGGUGAUGAGGGGCUAUGGUAGGACCAGACCGGAAGGUGACGAGGAGGUGAGCGAGGAGGAAAACACAGAUGAGGACACGGAUGAUACCAUGACGGCUGUCUUCAUCAGCCAAGGCACAGCACGGCACAAGCUAGAGUUUCUCAUAGGGGACCGUGUUCUACCUUACAACAUGACUGUGUACCAAGCAAUAAAACAGUUUGCCUCCAUGGUGGACAAAGAUGGGAACGAGACAGACACAGAUUCUGAAUCCCCCUUUGGACAUGCCAGUAUCUGGGUCAAAACACAUGUCAUCUGGUACCGGCCAGCCCAAGAUUGUGAAGAUAGUGUGUUAGCAACCAGUCCAAAGAAAACAAAAUCUGAGAUAAAGACAAGCAAGUCGUCUAGUCGAGGCCGUAAAGAUGAGCUGUGGACAGAUGGAAGCUGCCCAGUGAUAAUACCAGCUCUGAAUGCCUACCUGAGUGAGAAACUACCAGCUUUUGUUACUGUGCAGGAUCCCUCCUUAGAGGUCAUCACAUUACUCAGAGUGUUGAGUUCAUUUAACAGAUACUGGGACACACUCUACGAAGUGCAAUCAACAAGUGGGGGUCCUGUCCUGUCCUAUUCUGACUUCGUCAGUAGUAAGCUCUCAGCUAAGGCCAACAGACAGCUACAGGAUCCACUCAUUAUCAUGACUGGUAACCUCCCACCAUGGCUGGCAGAGAUAGCCACAGCGGCUCCCUUCCUGUUCCCGUUUGAGACAAGACAGCUGUUAUUCUAUGCGACUUCGUUUGAUCGUGACCGCGCAAUGAUGCGAUUGCAGGAGGCGCCAGUUGACACGACAGCCAGUGAUUCUAACGAACGCGUGGCUCCCAGGCUGGACAGAAGACGGCGCUUAGUGAGUAGAGAGGAUGUCUUAAAACAAGCAGAAAAAGUGAUGGACGAAAUUGGGAGUUCCAAGGCUCUUCUAGAAAUACAAUACGAGAACGAGGUUGGCACAGGUCUCGGUCCCACGCUAGAGUUCUACGCCCUGGUGUCAAAGGAGCUUCAGUGUGGGGAGUUGGACAUGUGGCGAGGGGAAGCUGUCAAGGUUUCUAUGUACAAUAGUGCAGAUAUAUCCAUGAAAUCCUACAUCCACGCCGAGCUUGGCCUGUUCCCACUGCCCAUUGGAAGGAAUGCUAAAGCUGCUGUAGUCAACAAAGCCAAGUCCAAGUUCAAAUUCCUGGGCAAAUUUAUGGCAAAGUCUGUGAUGGAUUCUAGAAUGUUGGACAUACCCCUCAGUCUAGUGUUCUACAAGUGGAUGUUGGGGCAGGAGCACAGCCUGACCGCCAGGGACCUCACCCACAUUGACCCCACCCUGGCCAAGUCCUUCAGUCAGCUGGAGGGGAUUGUCAGACAGAAGAAGAGGAUAGAGGCAGACAAGUCACAUACGGAGGAGAGCAGACAGUUGGCACUGACCAGCCUGACCAUGGAGGGCUCCAGUGUUGAGGAUCUGGAUCUAGACUUCACUCUGCCUGGUACGUCUCUGGUUGAGCUGAAGAAAGGGGGCAAGGACAUCACAGUGACACUGGACAAUCUGGAGGAGUACCUCAAGCUGGUCGUCCACUGGACUCUGGUGGAGGGCGUCACCAGACAGUUUGAAGCAUUCCGUGAAGGUUUUGAGUCUAUUUUCUCGUUGUCCUGCCUGCAGAGCUUUUACCCAGAAGAGCUGGAGCAGUUAUUCUGUGGUAAUGUCGGGGAGACCUGGGAUGUCAAGAUGCUGAUGGAGUGCUGCCGACCAGACCACGGCUACACCCAUGACAGCCGAGCUGUCAAGUACCUGUUUGAAAUCCUCAGCUCCUACACACCAGUUGAACAGCGGCAGUUCCUCCAGUUUGUCACCGGCUCACCUAGACUACCUGUAGGAGGUUUCCGUAGUUUGAACCCUCCGCUGACCGUUGUGCGAAAGACAAUGGAACCAUCAGAGAACCCAGAUGAUUACUUGCCGUCUGUGAUGACGUGCGUGAACUACCUGAAACUGCCGGACUAUUCCUCGGUGGAGAUUAUGAGGCAGAAGCUGAACACAGCGGCACAAGAAGGCCAACUGUCCUUCCAUUUGUCCUAGUAUACGCCAGAGAGAAGACGGAGGAUUUUAAUUUACACUAUUGUGCUGAUAGGCUGUGAUCUUGUGCACUGUGUGCUUAUGGUGCUUUAGUGGUCUCACUUCUGAACUGAACGACCGACGAACAUACAGACAGGUGGAUGGAAUCGCAGUGUCACCAGGGGACAUGGUUACAGAAGCUGUAACCCAGCAAUUUUGCAUGAGGCUGUUACACAGAGUUGCAUGGGCUUAGAAUAAGGGGGUUUAUUGGCAUAUCUGCAUUGGGCUGAGGUAUUUGGAGAAAAUACAGGUAGCCCACCUUUGUGAGAACGCCAAAUGAAACAUCUGGACAGUAUGACGACACAUAGUAAGACAAUGUGUUGAAUGCCUAACUAAAUGCCACACCCUGGAGUUGAACAUGGCCUUGGUUUCUCAUCUAUCUGCCAACUCAAGGGGAAAUGUACACCACAGGUAGGUACAGCCCCACAGUCUCAAUGUGAACAUACAGACGGGCAACACUGAUCGUUACAUAUGACCAGGUAUAAAACACCAGGCCAGAGUAUGGUAUUCCCAGACUUCUUAAAUGGACUGAAGGUGGAUUACCAUUCACUGUUGUGUACAUAGAAAUACCUUAUAGGCGUUCAUUUUUGUUUCAUUCACUUGGAUUGACUUAUGUUUUUUUGGUAAACCCAACAAUAAUACAUGCACAUCUAUUUUCGCCAUGCAUUUUAUAUAAACAGUUGUGUUAAGAAUGA